GCCUGGGAAACAGAGUGAGGCUCUGUCUCAAUAAUAAUAAUAAUAAUAAAACCUUAGGCAAAUUAAACAGAGUUUAAUUGAACAAAGAACAGUUUGAGAAUCUGGCAACCUCCCAAACUAGAUUAGGUUUAGAGAAACUUGGGUGAUGCUAAGUGGUGGAAGAAGACUUAUGGGCAGAAAAGGAAAGUGAUGGACAGAAAAUGGAAGUGAAGGACAAACAGCUGGAUUGGUUACAGCUUGGCAUUUGCCUGAUUUGAACACAGUUUGAAUGGUUGGUCAAAUGCAAUUGGCUGAAACUCUGUAGUUGGCGCAAGAAUAGGUUAUAGCCUGUUUACACAUUCAGUCUGGUUACAGUUCAUUAUGUGCGGAGAAGCCUUUAGGCCAAACUUAAAAUAUGUAAGUUUUAUAUAUUAAAUGUAUAAAACAUAUGUUUUAUAUAUUAAAAUAUGUAAGUUCAGCCUUAGGCUAAGCUUAAUUUAACUGGUGUUAAUAUUAGGGAAGCUGGCAGACAGGUGUCUUGGAAUCUUAUGCUUUAUUUUGCGAGUCUAAAAAUUAUUUUAAACUAAGGAUACACAAAAGGGGUGAGGUGGGGGGGAAUAAAGAAGAAGCCCAGGUCCUAGAACUUAGCGAUUCUGUGGGAGGGACCCAGGACUCUGUGGCUGUUGUUGGGCAGCUUCUUGGCUCUUAUUCUCCCUAUUAGAAAGUAGCGACUUGGAGGCCCUACUUGAAAGGACCCCUGCUUCCCUCUGCCUGAGUGAAAACACAUCACAGUCUUAAAGUCCAUUCUUGGUAGCCUGUGGACCCCAGAGAAGGGCAAAUGUCUAAGUCCAUGGCCAUCUUCUUGGAACAUUCUGUUCUCUGAUGUCUGUCUGAGAGACUGUCCCCAACCCCAGUAAAGAUGCAAAAACCAAGGGCCAGAGAGGUGAAGCCACCAACUCUAGGUCACACAGCCAGUAAAUGCAGAGCCAGAUCCAAGCCCAGCUAAGAGUGACUCCAAUGCCAGCACCUUUAACCACCUGACAUUACUGCUCUAUUACUGCUCAGUUCAAGUGGAGGCAACAGGCAUUCACCAAGCACUUGUGGUGUGUCAAGGGGGGCAGUGGGACUGGAGGUGAGGGCAGCUGAGAUACUGAUCCUGGACCACAGGUGCUGUGCUGGGAAGGCAGACCCUCAUACUGCUAAGCAUGUGGCAGGCAGUGCAUCAUAUAUCCAACAUUCAUUCAUUCAUUCAUUCAUUCUCUGCUGUUGCCUGUCCCUGGGCUCUGGCUAGUGGGUCAGAUAUGGUCCUUCCCCUGAGACCUCCUGACCCAGCAGGGGAACAGACAGUUAAACAGGCAGGUAACCAUACAGAGAUGCCAUGAAGGGGAGUGGGGGAGAAGGGAAGGAAAGAAGGAAUUUGAUUUGGAAAGUCUGGGAGAUGAAACUAUUGGUGACAGUGGGUGUAGCAGACACAACCCUGCUCAGUGGAAAUUAUGGCCAGAGAAAGAGAUUGGGAAGAGUUUAGGUUUGGGGCAGAUUGAGGGGGGCGGCGGUGAGAUCUUGCUGGGAAGGUAUCCAGGAUGAAGAAGCUGGAGGCAGGAUCUCUGAAGGUGAUGUUGGGAAGGUCCUUCAGAGACACAGAGUAAGCAAAGGCCUGCACAUCUGGAAUGGACUGUUAGUGGCCUUGAUCCAGUUACCAGGGAAUCAUUCCAGAGAGGGGACACAUGCUUUCCAAACACUAUCCUUGGGGGAUGCUCCUCGUGAGGUGGGAGGUCAUCUGAGCUUGACUCUUGUCAAUGAGAGAAACAGCUCAUGGCUGUGCAGGAUGAGGGUUGGGGCAAGGGCAAAGGGAAUUUUUUUUCCAGUCUGAAAGCAGGAUAUAUACACAAGCUGCUGUCCAGAGAGGGGACGAGCCUUCAGAGAAGAAUCAUACUCCCUCUGCACUUCCUGAGGAAGAGGCACCCGGGCGCUGCUGCUCUGCUCCCAGGCUUGUGUGGACAUUCCCAAGCAAGUCAUUCUGGCUCUGGACAUUGGGACUGGGCAUUUCCUCCCAACAUGGCUGCCACUGCCUCUCCGCAGCGACUCACCACCGAGGAUGCCGGCUCUGAGAACAGCAGCUUCUAUUACUAUGACUACCUGGAUGAGGUGGCCUUCAUGCUCUGCAGGAAGGAUGCGGUGGUGUCCUUUGGCAAAAUCUUCCUGCCAGUCUUCUAUAGCCUGAUUUUUGUGUUGGGCCUGAGCGGGAACCUCCUUCUUCUCAUGCUUUUGCUCCGAUAUGUGCCUCGCAGGCGGAUGGCUGAGAUCUAUCUGCUGAAUCUGGCCAUCUCCAAUCUCCUGUUUGUGGUGACACUGCCCUUCUGGGGCAUCUCCGUGGCCUGGCAUUGGGUCUUUGGGAGUUUCUUGUGCAAGAUGGUGAGCACUCUUUAUGCUAUUAACUUGUACAGUGGCAUCUUUUUCAUUGGCUGCAUGAGCCUGGACAAGUACCUGGAGAUCGUCCAUUCUCAGCCCUUCCACAGGCUGAGGACCCGGGCCAAGAGCCUACUUCUUGUUACCAUAGUAUGGGCUGUGUCCCUGGCCAUCUCUAUCCCUGAUAUGGUCUUUGUACAGACACAUGAAAAUCCCAAGGGUGUGUGGAAUUGCCAUGCAGAUUUCAGCGGGCAUGGGACCAUUUGGAAGCUCUUCCUCCGCCUCCAGCAGAACCUCCUAGGGUUUCUCCUUCCACUCCUUGCCAUGAUCUUCUUCUACUCCCGUAUUGGUUGUGUCUUGGUCACGCUGAGUCCCCCAGGCCAGGGCCGGGCUCUAAAAAUAGCUGUAGCCCUGGUGGUGGUCUUCUUUGUGCUAUGGUUCCCAUACAAUGUCACCUUAUUUCUGCAUACGCUAUUGGACCUGCAAGUAUUCGGGGACUGCAAGGUCAGCCAGCACCUAGACUAUGCACUCCAGGUGACAGAGAGCAUCGCCUUCCUUCACUGCUGCUUUUCCCCCAUCCUGUAUGCCUUCUCCAGUCGCCGCUUCCGCCAGUACCUGAAGACUUUCCUGACUGCUGUGCUUGGACGGCACCUGGCACCUGGCACUGCCCAGGCCUCAUUGUCCAGCUGUCCUGAGAGCAGCAGUCUUACUGUCCAAGAAGAAAUGACUGGCAUGAAUGACCUUGGGGAGAGGCAGAUUGAGAACUUCCCUAACAAGGAGGAUGUGGGGAAUAACGCAGCCUGAGUGUCCAAA